CACAUUUUUUUCACGAUUUCAGAAUCUCAAAAAUUUAAAUCUCCUUCGCUUUCCGAGUCAAGGUUGAAGACGAAGACCCAAAUUCUACGCACUUCCUGCCAUUAAUGGUGGCCAUUUUUUCUUCCUACCUAACGCAGCAAACAACCAUACACUGAGGUGGUCUCCUCACUCUUAAUAGAAGUCUACUUACGUUUCUUCCGUUGCGAUGCAAUUGAAUCUGUUUUUAUCGUAUCUUCUAAAUUGCUUGUCUUCUUUUGUACUCGGAUUCUUACGUUCUCUAUUUAAAUAUUGAUAGUAAUUUCCCCUCCAAUCCGCUUCGGUUUGUGUGCAACUUCUUUAUCUGAAACCUCUUUGCAAUUGCGUCUGUGAUUUUGAUUCCUUCAAUGGAGAAAUCUGGGUAUGGUCGCGAUGGAAUUUUCAGGUCCUUACGGCCUCCGAUCGUCUUUCCCAGAGAUCCCAAUUUGUCGGUGGCCUCUUUUAUUUUCCGAAACUCAUCGUCUUAUCCAAACCGACUCGCCAUAGUUGAUGCGGAAUCCUCUGAUUCCGUGUCGUAUUCCCAGCUUAAAGCCUCUGCAAUUAAGAUCUCCAAUGGCUUGCUCCAAUUGGGUAUCGAGAAAAACGACGUGGUGAUGAUUUUUGCUCCAAAUUCUGUUGAAUUCUCCAUUUGUUUCAUUGGAAUUGUUGCUAUUGGGGCUAUUGUCACCACUUGUAAUCCUGUUUACAUGGUCUCUGAGUUAACCAAGCAAGUUAGAGAUGCUAAGCCCAAACUUAUGAUAUCUGUUGUUGAAUUGUGGGACAAAGUGAAGGUUCUAAACAUCCCAACAGUGUUACUAGACCAGCAAAUUCCUUCGGAAAUCCAGUCCUCCAAAAUUUUAUGUUUCAAUGAUUUGAUAAACAUGGCUGGCGAUAAAUCUAGCUCCGAAUUCCCAAUUGUUGGGGUGAAGCAGAGUGAUACAGCUGCUCUUCUGUAUUCAUCAGGAACAACAGGAGCCAGUAAGGGUGUGAUUCUGACUCACAGAAACCUCAUAACAUCUUCACUGAUGAUAACAUUGGAUCAGAAGACUAAUGGAGACGAAAAUGGCACAUAUCUGAACUUUUUGCCGAUGUUUCAUGUGUUUGGAUUGGUUUGUAUAACAUGUGCGCAGCUGCAGAGAGGAAACACCAUUGUCUCUAUGCCAAAGUUUAACCUGGAGAAGGCCCUGUGGGCAGUGGAGAAGUACAAGGUGACAGAUCUAUGGGUUGUGCCGCCUGUUGUGCUUGCUUUGGCAAAACAAAGUGUGGUAAAGAAAUACAACCUUUCAUCCCUGAAGCAUAUCGGUUCAGGGGCUGCACCUCUUGGGAAGGAAUUAAUGGAUGAAUGUGCUAACAACAUUCCCAGUGCUGUGGUUCUCCAGGGUUAUGGUAUGACUGAGACUUGUGGAGUUGUUUCUUUGGAGAAUCGAACAGUUGGCAAACGAAAUACGGGUUCGGCUGGAACACUUGCCUCUGGUGUUGAGGCUCAAAUAGUCAGUGUAGAUACUUUGAAGCCUCUUCCUCCUAAUCAAUAUGGAGAGAUACUGGUUCGGGGACCGAAUAUGAUGCUUGGUUACUUAAACAAUCCACAGGCCACCAAGCAAACUAUUGACAAAUAUGGCUGGGUGCAUACUGGAGACCUUGGAUACUUUGAUGAAAAUGGUCAGCUUUAUGUUGUCGACAGAAUUAAGGAACUCAUCAAGUACAAAGGUUUUCAGGUUGCACCAGCUGAGCUUGAAGCACUGUUGGUCUCUCACCCUGAGAUACUAGAUGCUGUUGUCAUCCCCUACCCCGACGAUGAAGCUGGAGAAGUUCCAAUCGCGUAUGUCGUGCGAUCUACCAAUAGUUCUAUGACCGAAGAGGACGUCCUCAAAUUCGUGGCCGAUCAGGUUUCUCCUUACAAAAGGCUAAGAAGAGUGACAUUCAUCAACAGUGUCCCCAAGUCAGUUUCUGGGAAAAUCCUGAGGAGAGAACUCAUUGAGAAAGUAAGAGCUAAAAUCUAAGUUCUUUGGUUCCUCUUUUCAUUAUGACACGAGCAGAAUAAGACCUUUUUGUUCUCUUAUUUUUACACUUUUACGUACUUUCUUUUUACUAUAACUAUGUAGUUUAAAAAUAAGAAUAAAUUCUGUUAUCGAGUUUUUUUAAAUAAAUUACGUCGACA